CUCGCAGCACCGCCGGGCGCCCGUCGGGCUCUGGGAGAGAGAAAUCCGGUUAAAAUCGGAGUCCGAGGGAGGUUUAACCACAGGUCGGUUCCCAUCGGAUUAUUCUUUAAAGGGGACGCGCCAUUGUCAAGAGAACGGAGCCUGGGGGCCGAGGGCGGGGACCAGAGGCGCCCAGGAGCGAGGCAGCUGCACUUGGACUGGGGACGGCCUUCAACAUUCCAUGGUUGGCUUUCUACAUGGAGAAUCAGUACUGCUUUGCUCCAGAGUGGCCACUAGAGUGCCUGUAAAUUAGAAGCUCCAGACUGACAAAAGCUUCUAGAUGGAUCCUUUCCAAAUUUGGUGUCUUUUCUAUGAACUAUGUGCCUCAACAACCAUUUCUCAGUGAGCUGAAGCCAUUUAUUUGAAUCUUGGGUGAUUAACAUCUAAACGCUAAAUUCUCCAAACUGCUCAAGACUCAUAAAGUCAGGAUUAAUGAUCUACGUUAUCAUCAAGAAAUUACUGUCUCUAGUGACACGCUUCAGCACCAGUCAGCAAAGUGAAUAAGUACUGUGCUUCUUCCAACUUUCAUUCCACUUGGGGAAAAAAGAAUAUCAUCAUGUCAAACAUCACGAUUGACCCUGAUGUCAAGCCUGGUGAAUAUGUCAUCAAAAGCCUUUUUGCAGAAUUUGCUGUUCAAGCUGAAAAGAAAAUUGAAGUUGUAAUGGCUGAACCCUUGUAUGUGUCCACUGCCGAUUUGGAACUGAGAGGACUUGGUGCCUCUAAGGUCAAAGCUAGCACAGCGCACUCUGUGCAUUUCAUUUCCUGCUCAUGUCUUGUGUUUCAGUUGAUCAGCUCUAUGAGCUCCGUGGCAGAGCACUGUCUCCCUUCCUUACUUCGCACCUUGUUUGACUGGUACAGACGCCAGAAUGGAACUGAAGAUGAGUCUUAUGAGUACAGGCCUCGGUCUAGCACCAAGUCAAAGGGGGAUGAACAGCAACGUGAAAGGGAUUAUCUUCUGGAAAGGCGGGACUUAGCAGUAGAUUUCAUUUUCUGUUUAGUUUUAGUUGAAGUUCUAAAGCAGAUUCCUGUUCAUCCUGUACCUGACCCCUUAGUUCAUGAAGUUUUAAACUUAGCUUUUAAGCACUUUAAACAUAAGGAAGGAUAUUCAGGAACCAACACUGGGAAUGUGCACAUCAUUGCAGAUUUAUAUGCGGAAGUGAUAGGAGUUCUUGCCCAGUCAAAGUUUCAGGCUGUAAGGAAGAAGUUUGUGACAGAAUUAAAAGAACUGCGACAAAAGGAACAAAGCCCACAUGUGGUGCAAAGUGUCAUCAGCUUAAUAAUGGGAAUGAAAUUUUUCCGGGUAAAAAUGUAUCCUGUAGAAGAUUUUGAAGCAUCUUUUCAGUUUAUGCAGGAAUGUGCUCAGUAUUUCUUAGAAGUAAAAGAUAAAGAUAUAAAACAUGCACUUGCUGGUUUAUUUGUGGAGAUUCUUAUCCCCGUAGCUGCUGCUGUUAAAAAUGAAGUGAAUGUUCCCUGUUUGAAGAAUUUUGUGGAGAUGCUCUAUCAGACUACUUUUGAACUGAGCUCCAGGAAGAAGCAUUCCUUGGCUUUAUAUCCAUUAAUUACCUGCCUUUUAUGUGUCAGUCAGAAACAAUUUUUUUUAAAUAACUGGCAUAUUUUCCUACAGAACUGUUUGUCACAUUUAAAGAAUAAAGAUCCUAAAAUGUCUCGAGUUGCACUGGAAUCUUUGUAUAGAUUGUUGUGGGUUUAUGUAAUUAGAAUAAAAUGUGAAAGCAACACUGUAACUCAAAGUCGUCUUAUGAGCAUUGUGUCAGCACUUUUUCCCAAAGGCUCACGAAGUGUGGUUCCUCGUGACACGCCUCUCAAUAUAUUUGUGAAGAUUAUUCAGUUCAUUGCUCAGGAACGUUUGGAUUUUGCAAUGAAAGAAAUAAUAUUUGAUCUUCUCAGUGUUGGAAAAUCUACAAAAACUUUCACCAUUAAUCCAGAGAGAAUGAACAUAGGCCUCAGAGUCUUCCUUGUCAUAGCAGACAGCUUGCAGCAGAAAGAUGGUGAACCACCCAUGCCAACAACUGGAGUGAUUCUUCCCUCAGGAAAUACUCUUCGUGUAAAGAAGAUUUUUCUCAAUAAAACCUUGACAGAUGAAGAGGCAAAAGUCAUAGGAAUGUCAGUUUACUAUCCUCAAGUAAGAAAAGCAUUAGAUAGCAUUCUCCGACAUUUGGACAAAGAAGUUGGAAGACCAAUGUGUAUGACCAGUGUGCAGAUGUCUAAUAAGGAGCCUGAAGAUAUGAUUACGGGGGAAAGAAAACCCAAAAUUGAUUUGUUUAGAACUUGUAUUGCUGCGAUUCCAAGGUUGAUUCCCGAUGGAAUGAGCAGAACUGACCUCAUUGAAUUGUUAGCAAGGCUCACAGUUCACAUGGAUGAAGAACUUCGGGCUCUGGCUUUCAAUACUCUGCAGGCACUAAUGCUUGAUUUUCCAGAUUGGCGGGAGGAUGUUCUUUCAGGAUUUGUUUAUUUUAUUGUUCGUGAAGUAACUGACGUCCAUCCCACACUUCUUGAUAAUGCUGUAAAGAUGUUGGUACAGCUAAUAAACCAGUGGAAACAAGCAGCCCAAAUGCAUCACAAAAACCAAGACUCACAGCACGGUGUAGCUAAUGGAGCUUCUCAUCCCCCCUCUCUGGAAAGGAGCCCGUACUCCACUGUGUUCCAUGUGGUAGAAGGGUUUGCACUUGUCAUUCUCUGUAGCAGUCGACCUGCCACUAGGAGAUUAGCUGUCAGUGUCCUUAGAGAAAUACGGGCUUUAUUUGCACUUUUGGAAAUACCUAAGGGUGAUGAUGAAUUAGCCAUAGAUGUGAUGGACAGGCUGAGCCCAUCCAUUCUCGAGAGCUUCAUCCAUCUCACAGGGGCUGAUCAGACAACUUUGCUGUAUUGCCCUAGCUCUAUAGAUUUACAAACAUUAGCAGAAUGGAACUCUUCUCCUAUUAGCCAUCAGUUUGAUGUGAUUAGUCCAUCACACAUAUGGAUAUUUGCACAUGUGACCCAAGGCCAAGACCCAUGGAUUAUAAGUCUUUCCAGUUUUUUAAAGCAAGAAAACCUUCCAAAGCACUGCUCUACGGCAGUGAGCUAUGCUUGGAUGUUUGCAUACACAAGGCUCCAGUUGUUGUCCCCACAGGUUGAUAUAAAUAGCCCCAUCAAUGCUAAGAAAGUAAAUACAACCACAAGCAGUGACUCAUACAUUGGCCUGUGGAGAAACUAUCUGAUUCUUUGCUGCAGUGCCGCGACGUCCACGUCAUCCUCAACAUCUGCAGGCUCUGUGAGGUGUUCUCCUCCUGAGACCCUGGCAUCCACCCCUGACAGUGGCUACAGCAUUGAUUCCAAAAUUAUUGGCAUCCCAUCCCCUUCAUCAUUGUUCAAGCACAUAGUUCCAAUGAUGCGCUCCGAGAGCAUGGAAAUCACAGAAUCCCUGGUUCUAGGUCUUGGCAGGACCAACCCAGGAGCUUUUAGGGAACUAAUAGAGGAAUUACACCCCAUAAUUAAAGAAGCACUCGAAAGAAGGCCGGAGAAUAUGAAACGGCGCAGGCGUCGAGACAUUUUACGAGUGCAGCUGGUCCGAAUAUUUGAACUGCUGGCAGAUGCUGGUGUCAUUAGUCACAGUGCUAGUGGUGGCCUUGAUAAUGAAACACAUUUCCUCAACAACACUUUACUGGAGUAUGUAGACCUCACCCGACAACUCCUGGAAGCAGAAAAUGAGAAAGACUCUGAUACACUGAAGGAUAUCCGAUGCCAUUUUAGUGCCUUAGUGGCGAAUAUCAUCCAGAAUGUUCCAGUGCACCAGAGAAGAAGUAUUUUCCCCCAGCAGAGCCUUCGUCACAGCCUGUUCAUGCUUUUCAGUCACUGGGCAGGUCCUUUUAGCAUCAUGUUCACGCCUCUGGACAGAUACAGUGAUAGGAACAUGCAGAUUAACAGACAUCAGUACUGUGCAUUAAAGGCUAUGUCUGCUGUACUGUGUUGUGGCCCUGUUGCAGAUAAUGUGGGACUGUCAUCAGAUGGCUAUUUGUACAAAUGGUUGGAUAACAUUUUGGACUCUCUGGACAAAAAGGUUCAUCAGUUGGGCUGUGAAGCAGUGACGCUGUUGCUGGAGCUGAACCCGGACCAGAGCAACCUGCUGUACUGGGCUGUGGACCGCUGCUACACGGGCUCCCUCAGGGUGGCCGCCGGCUGCUUCAAAGCCAUAGCCAGUGUGUUCCAAAACAGGGAUUACCAGUGCGACACGGUGAUGCUCCUAAACCUGAUACUGUUCAAAGCAGCUGAUUCUUCUAGAAGUGUCUAUGAAGUGGCUAUGCAACUUUUACAGAUUCUGGAACCGAAGAUGUUUCGCUAUGCUCACAAACUGGAGGUUCAGAGAACAGACGGGGUUCUUAGCCAGCUGUCUCCUCUGCCACAUCUGUAUUCGGCUUCAUAUUAUCAGUUGUCUGAAGAAUUAGCAAGGGCAUAUCCUGAGCUCACUCUUGCCAUCUUCUCAGAGAUAAGCCAGAGAAUCCAGACAGCUCACCCAGCGGGGCGGCAGGUCAUGCUGCACUAUCUGCUGCCCUGGAUGAACAACAUUGAGCUGGUGGACUUCAAGCCUCUGCCCACAGCCAGGCGCCAUGAGGAGGAUGAAGAGGACUCCUUGAAAGAUCGCGAGCUUAUGGUGACCAGCAGGCGCUGGCUGCGGGGAGAAGGCUGGGGAUCCCCGCAAGCCACUGCGAUGGUUUUGAACAAUCUGAUGUACAUGACAGCAAAGUACGGUGAUGAACUGGCCUGGUCAGAAAUGGAGAACGUGUGGACCACACUUGCAGAUGGCUGGCCGAAGAACCUGAAAAUCAUUUUGCACUUUCUGAUCAGCAUUUGUGGCGUGAAUAGUGAACCAAGCCUUUUGCCUUACGUCAAGAAAGUUAUUGUUUAUUUGGGGAGAGACAAAACGAUGCAGUUGCUCGAGGAGCUCGUGAGCGAGCUGCAGCAGACAGACCCUGUCUGCUCAGGCGUCACCCACAUGGAUAAUCCCCCCUACUACCGCAUCACUUCCAGCUACAAAAUCCCCUCUGUCACCUCAGGAACUACUUCCAGCAGCAAUACAAUGGUAGCUCCCACGGAUGGCACCUGCGAUAGCAAGCCCUUGAAGGAGAGCCUGGAAGAGAACUGUGUGCACCUGGACAGCUACAGUGGACUCAACAGCCAUUUGAAUCGUCAGCAUCACAGACUAGAGUCUCGAUACAGCAGCAGCUCCGGAGGCUCUUACGAAGAGGAAAAAAGUGAUUCAAUGCCACUUUAUUCUAAUUGGCGACUGAAAGUGAUGGAGCAUAACCAAGGAGAGCCACUGCCCUUCCCACCAGCUGGAGGCUGCUGGUCACCACUGGUGGAUUACGUGCCUGAAACGUCAUCACCUGGAUUACCUCUUCACAGGUGUAACAUAGCGGUGAUCCUCCUAACGGAUCUGAUCAUUGACCACAGUGUCAAGGUAGAAUGGGGAAGCUACCUCCACCUUCUUCUUCAUGCAAUUUUUAUAGGGUUUGACCACUGCCACCCUGAGGUGUAUGAACAUUGUAAACGCCUGCUUCUGCACUUACUCAUAGUCAUGGGACCCAACAGUAACAUCCGAACUAUUGCUUCUGUCCUUCUCAGGAACAAAGAGUUUAAUGAGCCCAGGGUGCUUACAGUCAAACAAAUUGCACACUUAGAUUACACUUUCACAGGCAUUAAUGAUUUUAUACCUGAUUACCAGCCCUCCCCUAUGACCGACUCAGGGCUUAGCUCAAGUUCUACCUCUUCUAGUAUCAGCUUAGGAAACAACAGCGCUGCCAUCUCGCACCUGCACACCACCCUGCUCAGUGAGGUGGACAUCGCCGUGGAGCAGGAUGGAAAAGUCAAAACCCUCAUGGAGUUCAUUACCUCAAGAAAAAGAGGGCCCCUUUGGAACCACGAGGAUGUUUCUGCCAAGAAUCCCAGCAUAAAGAGUGCAGAGCAGUUAGCUACAUUUUUGAAACAUGUGGUUUCUGUCUUUAAACAGUCAAGCCCAGAGGGAAUUCACUUGGAACAUCAUCUUAGUGAAGUAGCUCUGCAAACAGCACUUUCUUGUUCUUCUCGACACUAUGCUGGGAGAUCCUUUCAGAUUUUCAGGGCCCUAAAGCAGCCACUUUCUGCAGCCACACUUUCCGAUGUUCUUUCCAGACUCGUAGAAACUGUUGGAGAUCCCGGCGAGGACGCACAGGGAUUUGUGAUUGAGCUCCUUCUCACCUUGGAGUCUGCAAUUGAUACUUUGGCUGAAACCAUGAAGCAUUAUGAUCUCCUUUCUGCCCUUUCUCAAACCUCAUACCAUGAUCCUAUAAUGGGAAACAAGUAUGCAGCUAACAGGAAAAGCACUGGACAACUCAAUCUAAGCACAAGUCCCAUUAGUAGUAGCAGUUAUGUGGGAUACAACAGUAAUACAAGAAGCAACUCUCUGAGACUAAGUUUAGUGGGUGACCGCAGAGGUGACCGCCGGCGGAGUAACACACUGGAUAUAACAGAUGGACGGAUAAACCACAGCAGUAGCUUAGCAAGGACUAGAAGCCUUUCCUCUCUGCGAGAGAAGGCCAUGUACGAUGUGCAGUCCACUACUGAGCCCACCAACUUGAUGGCCACCAUAUUUUGGAUCGCAGCGUCUUUAUUAGAAUCUGAUUAUGAGUAUGAAUACCUCCUGGCUCUCAGGCUGCUCAACAAACUGCUUAUCCAUUUGCCACUGGAUAAAUCAGAGAGUCGAGAGAAGAUUGAAAAUGUGCAAAGCAAAUUGAAGUGGAAUAAUUUUCCAGGCCUUCAGCAGCUCUUCCUCAAGGGUUUUACCUCAGUAUCUACCCAAGAAAUGACCAUCCACCUCCUCAGUAAACUCAUUUCUGUCUCCAAACACACAUUGGUGGAUCCUUCCCAACUGUCAGGUUUUCCUCUUAACAUCCUUUGCUUAUUGCCUCACUUAAUCCAACAUUUUGACAGUCCAACCCAGUUUUGCAAAGAAACAGCCAGCCGAAUAGCAAAGGUUUGUGCUGAAGAAAAGUGCCCCACACUUGUCAACCUGGCUCACAUGAUGAGCUUGUACAGCACACACACGUACUCCAGAGACUGUUCGAACUGGAUCAACGUGGUGUGCAGAUACCUGCACGACUCCUUCUCGGACACGACCUUUAGUCUUGUGACUUACCUUGCGGAGCUGUUAGAAAAAGGAUUGUCCAGUAUGCAGCAAUCAUUACUGCAGAUAAUCUAUAGUUUAUUGAGUCAUAUUGACCUGUCCACAGCCCCAGCCAAGCAGUUUAAUCUGGAGAUCAUAAAGAUUAUUGGCAAAUAUGUACAGAGUCCUUACUGGAAGGAAGCUCUCAACAUAUUAAAGCUGGUGGUGUCCCGCUCUGCGAGUCUCGUUGUGCCCAAUGACAUCCCCAAGUCCUAUGGAGGAGAUAUAGGUUCUCCUGAAAUAUCUUUCACUAAAAUUUUUAAUAAUGUCUCUAAGGAGUUGCCUGGAAAGACCUUAGAUUUUCAUUUUGACAUCUCUGAGACACCAAUCAUUGGAAAUAAGUAUGGAGAUCAGCACAGUGCGGCUGGAAGGAACGGGAAACCAAAGGUGAUUGCAGUCACAAGGAGCACCUCCUCCACGUCCUCUGGUUCUAAUUCGAAUGCCUUGGUUCCCGUCAGCUGGAAAAGGCCGCAGCUAUCCCAGCGAAGAACAAGAGAAAAGCUAAUGAAUGUGCUUUCUCUCUGUGGCCCAGAAUCUGGUCUCCCAAAGAAUCCAUCUGUUGUAUUUUCUUCUAAUGAAGAUUUGGAGGUUGGUGACCAACAGACUAGUCUAAUUUCUGCAACGGAAGACAUAAUUCAAGAGGAAGAAGUAGCCAUAGAAGAUAAUACAAGUGAACAACAGUUUGGUGUUUUUAAGGAUUUUGACUUUUUAGAUGUUGAAUUGGAAGAUGGAGAGGGUGAAAGUAUGGACAAUUUCAACUGGGGAGUCCGCCGGCGUUCGCUAGACAGCAUUGACAAAGGGGACACCCCCUCCCUCCAGGAGUACCAGUGCUCGAGUAGCACCCCCAGUCUGAACCUGACAAACCAGGAGGACACAGAUGAGUCCUCAGAAGAGGAAGCGGCCCUCACUGCGAGCCAGAUCCUGUCGCGCACACAGAUGCUGAACAAUGACUCUGCUGCCUAUGAGACGAUGCCAGACCAGCCUGACUUGCUGCUUCAGUCUCAGGAUUCCACUGGCAGCAACCCAACAGAAGAGGUGCUUCACAUCCGAGAUGAGACCCCAAGCUUGGAGGCUUGUCUAGAUAAUACUAGCAGCCAGCUGCCUGAGGAUACACGAUCAGUAUUAAAGGAGGAGCAUGUUACAAACUCCGAUGAUGAAGGGCCAUACAUUAUUCAAGAGCGGCAGGACUCUCUCAUGUGUCAAGGAAUUCUUGAUCUGGAAGAAACAGAAAUGCCAGAGCAUCUGGCUCCUGAGAGCUACCCCGGGUCCAUCUGUGAAGAGGAUGUUACCUUAGCUUUGAAAGAGCUCGAUGAAAGAUGUGAAGAAGAAGAAGCUGAUUUCUCUGGACUGUCCAGUCAAGAUGAAGAAGAGCAGGAUGGUUUUCCAGAAGUGCAGACCUCGCCCCUGCCGUCACCCUUCCUCUCUGCCAUCAUCGCCGCCUUCCAGCCUGUGGCCUAUGACGAUGAGGAGGAAGCCUGGCGCUGCCACGUGGGUCAGAUGCUGUCCGACACGGAUGGGUCCUGUGCAGUGUUUACUUUUCAUGUGUUUUCUAGACUGUUUCAGACAAUUCAAAGAAAAUUUGGAGAAAUAACUACUGAGGCAGUCAGUUUUCUUGGUGAGAGUCUGCAGCGCAUCGGUACCAAAUUUAAAAGUUCAUUGGAAGUGAUGCUGAUGUGCUCAGAGUGCCCAACAGUGUUUGUGGAUGCUGAAACACUGAUGUCAUGUGGCUUGCUAGAAACACUCAAGUUCAGUGUUUUGGAGUUGCAAGAACACCUGGACACAUACAAUGCCAAAAGAGAAGCUGCUGAGCAGUGGUUAGACAAUUGUAAGAGGACUUUUGGUGGCAAAGAAGACAUAUAUAGGAUAAACACAGAUGCACAACAAAUGGAAAUUCUAGCAGAACUGGAGCUCUGCCGACGGUUAUACAAAUUGCAUUUUCAAUUACUACUUCUGUUCCAGGCCUAUUGUAAACUUAUCAACCAAGUAAAUACAAUAAAAAAUGAAGCAGAGGUAAUCAACAUGUCAGAGGAACUUGCCCAACUGGAAAGUGUCCUCAAAGAAGCUGAGGCUGCUUCAGAAAAUGAAGAAAUGGAUAUUUCUAAAGCUGCACAAACCACGAUAGAAACUGCCAUUCAUUCUCUAAUUGAAACUUUGAAAAAUAAGGAAUUUAUAUCAGCUGUAGCUCAAGUCAAAGCUUUCAGGUCUCUCUGGCCCAAUGACAUCUUUGGUAGCUGUGAGGAUGACCCUGUGCAGACGCUGUUACACAUCUACUUCCAUCAUCAGACUCUGGGCCAGACGGGCAGCUUCGCGGUCGUUGGCUCCAACCUGGACAUGUCAGAAGCCAACUACAAACUGAUGGAGCUCAACCUCGAGAUACGAGAGUCUCUCCGCAUGGUGCAGUCCUGCCAGCUUCCAGCACAGCCCAAGCCCGCUGGAAACAUGGUGAGCACUGGCUUCUGAGGAACCGCUGGCAUCGUGGGGGAAACUGACCUGAAGAGGAUUGAGAAUAUUAACCAAGCACCUCUUGUGGACCUUGGGAUUCACUGAUGGCUCUUCUGGCAGCAUCUGCAACUGUAACUAAAGUCAAACUGUAUCCAAAACAGAGCUCAAGAAAACAAAAUGUUUAACAGCUGCCAAUACCUCCUACAAUAACUGAAGAAGGAAUUUUUUAAAUUAACCUAUGUGAGAAAAAAGGGCUAAAAGUGAUGAAUACAAAUACAUUACUUCCUGGAGAAAGAAUUCGAACGUUUGCAAUAAUGGCCUUGAAUACUGAGACUUCUGGGGGCAGGUGAAAUGAGGCUGAAACGAAGGCUUGGUCAUUUUAGCCGAAGACCUGCAGAGCUGCUUGGAUUUCUAGCAGUCCUCAACCUAAUUGAAAAUGGAUGUUGGGUCAUCUCCAUGAACAUUCAUUCAGAUAGACACACAGAGACUUAUUUGUAAAAACCAUUCAUUAUUUUUAUUUUUCUUAUGGGCUAAGGGUCUGGGGUGUUUGUUUUGGGGUCUGUGUAAGGGGUGUGUGUGUGUGUGUGUGUGUGUGUGUGUGGUGAGAGAGAGUGAGAAAGGGGGGGAGGAUGUCUGGGUAUGAGACAGGCCUAUUUUCAAGGUGUGGGUGCCUGGUGAUGACGUCUCAGAGCAUGCCUAAAAGAGCACUGCAAGAUUAUUUUUGAAGAAAUUUUAUUUUAUUAGAUCUAACUCUUCAUAGUGUGUAAAUGUUAGAACAUUUUAAUAAUAUUUUAAAGCUGGGCUUUCCCAGUAUUUCAAGAAGAAAUAAUAUAUCUGUUAACGUUAUUGGAAUGCUGCUCAGUUCUCUGAUCAGUGCUUAUGUUACGACUGUUGACAACUAACCAAAGUAGAUGCCUGCAGAGACUUUAAAAUGUAAGAUAAAGACAUGUGCUGCCCGUCAGCUAUUCCCAUUAGAAAAGUUAACUUAUUUUACUCCAUAAUUAUAGAAACCAUAUAGACUAAAACCAGUAUUUUCUUGUACAUUUGUGCCAUGCACUGCUAUACAGGAAUAAGUCUACAAAGCUAACUGAAAAAGUGUGGUCAUGAUGGUAGAUAUACAUGGGCUGCAGGCUGUGAGCUCUGCAGAAUUCAAGAGAAGAGAUGCGAAGGCAUUUUUAUAUGUUGAUUCAGGACUUCCAUGUUCCAUGCUACAGGAACCUGGGGAUGGGAGAGAAGUGAAAGAAGCCUGAAGACUACCACAACACGCAAUAUAUAUAUAUAUUCACUGUCUGGUCUGUAACAUAGCACAGACUGCAUUCUCUGUCCUUUUUUAAAUAGCAUUUUGUAAAAGAAUGUAGUCCCACAACUCCUCUGAUUUGAAAGGAACACCUUGUAUUUUUUAUAUGCAUCUCUUAUCCACUGUGACUUUUCAACUGGGCUCUGUGAUUCCAGAGUUUGGAAUGUAGAAGUGAAAUGCUUAGCUUUGCCUUUUCUUGGGGGUGUAGACCUGCCAGAAAUGUAAUUAUGCUCAAGUGCAUUAAUGGAAGGCACUGUGCAUACAUACCGCUAUUGGACUGCUGACCGUAGUUAUGUUUCCUGUAAAAUUCCGUAACUGGUCACGGCACCUUCAUAAUCACUGUAUUUUUGACCCUUAUAAAAAUUAUUUUAAUGGUGUUCUGGUACUGUAAAUGGUGUCCUUUAAAUUAUUUAAUAACUUUGGGUGUGGGGCCAGCAGAGAGGGGUGGUGUCCAGAGACACAUCACACUUUAUAUCGUAUCUUUACUCUCCCCUAUUUUCUUACCCUUACAUCCUUUUUGUUAAAAAUAAAAGGCGUUGUAGCUGUU